CACUCUCACCUCUCACCUCCCACCUCCCACCUCCCACCUCCGCCCCUCCCCUUCUUUCCUCUUCCCCAACAAUCAACGUCAAUACUCUUCUCUUUCUUUCGUCCUCUUCUGCUCUCUCUUUUGCUCCUUUUUCUGCGAUUUUUCGCUAAGUUUUGCAAUGGCUUCUUUGAUACCUAACCUUGAACACAGCCCCGACACGUCGCCGGAGUUUAAACGCAAGAAACGGAGGAAAACGGACGAAACGCCAGGUCCUUUCGAUAGGAACCAAGGCAGCCAGAGAAUCAAGCGAUGGAGAACCGAGAGGGAGCAGCAGAUCUACUCCUCCAAGCUCAUCGAAGCUCUCCGUCGUUCUCGUCGGACCUCCUCUUCGGCUCCCGCAAAGGAAGUUCGCGAAACGGCGGACAGAGUUCUCGCGGUAUCGGCCAAGGGAACAACGCGUUGGAGCAGAGCGAUUCUCGCCAGUCGGCUUGGUGUUGGCUCCAAGACGAUGAGGAAACAUAAGAGAGCGAAGGUCACGGCCAAUAGGAGGUUGAGGAAGCCGGAGAUUAACGGAGAGAAGAGAAAAUUACCCGCUGUCGAGAGGAAGUUGAAGGUUCUGGGACGGCUUGUUCCCGGUUGCCGGAAAGUAUCGUUCUCAAACCUCCUAGAAGAAACUAGUGAUUACAUAGCGGCUUUAGAGAUGCAAGUUCGAGCCAUGACCACUAUUACCGCGCUUCUCGCCGGCGGUGGAACGCAGCCGCCUACUGAUCGGCUUGGCUCUCAUAUCAACUCGUAAAAAAAAUCGCGACAAGGUGUUUAUUAUUAUUUUGUUUUUUAGUGAGAUUUUUAAAUUCGUGUAUUUUAUUGUAUACAUGACUUUUUCUUCUUUUGAGCUCCACUUGCUCUUUUUUUUCUUUUUUUUUUUAAAAAAUUUCUUAGGCUUUUUUGGGUUUGUUAAGCAUCAAUUAAUUAAAUAUUAUCAGUUAAUCAAUCAA